GCAAUAUGGAAGUACAUCAUCGGAAACAAUAGGACGAUUUGCAUGAACAUUGGGAAUGGUAGCAGAAAAAUCCUGGGCUGUUUUCGGAAUAAGAUGGAUUGAUAGUUGAUACAGAUCGAAGAAAGGAAAUCACUUGUAACAAGAUUACUGUUUCGCUACUCUAAAACAGUUUGAAAGUUUAAUAUUUACAGAAGCAUAUAUAUUCUCGUUUUAAAGCAUGGUCUCUUGGGGAAACAGUUUGAAAGGCUAGCAAGUAGUGCGCAGGAUGUUCGUUAUUGGGUAAGUUAAGAUUAAGAUAGAAGUGGAGGGACACCAAGAUCGUAGGUUGAUUAAUGGCGUCGAUUUAUCAAAACAUUGGUCCAGGGCGCCGCCCUCCUCCUCCCCCUCCGCCUGGUCAGGGCUCGUACAGGCAGCCUCCGCCUCAGUAUGGAGCGGCUCCCAAUAACAACUUUGGAGGCUAUGGAUCUGCCCCCGCCCCUCCUCCUCUUCCUUACAACCCUAUUCGCCCUAACAGUGGCUAUGGAUCUGCCCCUGCACCUGCCCCUCCUCCUCCUCCAUCCCACAUGAUGCAGCCUUCGCCCUACGGAGUGCCCCCUCUCCAGCACCAUGCGUUUCCUCCUCCUGGAUCAUCCGCCUAUCCUCCACCUCCCCUUCCUCCGCCUCCUCUUCCUCCCCAGAAUUCUCAGCCCCCUCCGCCGCCUCUGCCUCACCUUCAACACCAGCAUCAGCAUCAACAUCAACAACAUCAACAUCCUCCUUAUUACCCCAGUUCUCAAUUCCCCCAUUACGCACCCCCGCCUCCUUCUCAAUCGCAGCCUCCGCCUUCCCACGACCGCCCGGCAUCGCCCCCACCUCCGCCACCUCCUCCUCAGUCCCCUCCUCCACCACCCAUUUUCCCUCUCCCUCCUCCUCCCUCCGCCUCCGCCUCUGCAAAUUCUCAUCUAAUCAAGGAAAACCACAAGAUUAAUCAACCUUCUCCUUCACGCAGUGGAUGGGGUGCUCUGCCUAAGCCCAGCAUGACUCCUAAGCAAAGAGAGCCCCCCGCCAGUGCUGCAAAGCCUCCGCAGCAGCUGCCCACCAAGGUUGAGACCGAGGAAGAAAGGCACUUGCGCAAGAAAAGAGAACAUGAACAGAGAAAGCAGCAGGAAAAAGAAAAGGAGAAGGAGAAGCAACGUCGCGAAAAAGAGUCUCAGGCUGCCCUUUUGCGGAAAACCCAGUUGGGAUCUUCAGCUAAAGCUUUACCGCCACCACAAUCAACACCUCAGGUAGCAGCAGGGUCAAGAGGAGUAGGAGACGCGAGGGUGGACAGAAAGCCUCAGUUUUUGACUGCUGACAAGAUUGAGAAUAGACUCAAGAAACCAACCACCUUCUUGUGUAAAUUGAAGUUCAGAAAUGAGCUCCCAGACCCAACAGCACAACCAAAAUUAUUAUCCUUUAAUACUAAUAAAGAUCAAUACACAAAAUACACAAUCACAUCUUUAGAGAAAAUGCACAAGCCAAAGUUAUUUGUUGAACCGGACCUUGGGAUCCCACUUGAUCUCCUUGACAUCAAUGUAUACAAUCCUACAAGUGAGAAGCAACCUAUAGCUCUAGAAGAUGAGGAACUUUUGCGAGAUGAUGAGAUGACAACACCGAACAGACAAGAUGGUAUUAGAAGAAAGGAAAGGCCGACUGAUAAAGGUGUUGGUUGGCUUGUCAAAACACAAUACAUUUCUCCGAUCAGCCUUGACGUUACUACCAAGCAGAAUUUAACGAUUAAACAAGCCAAGGAGUUGCGAGAAACAAGGGAAGGACGCAAUCUCUUUUUGGAAAAUCUUAACAACAGAGAUCAACAAAUUGAGGCAAUUGAAGAGUCGUUCAGGGUAUCCAAAUUACGCCCAGUUCACCAGACCAAAGUUGGUCUGGAGCCAAUGGAAAUCCUUCCUCUUCUUCCUGAUUUGGAUCGUUGGGAAGAACAACUUCUUCUUGCCACAUUUGACGGUGAAGCAACAGCAGAUACUGAAAUGUUUAGCAAGUUGGAACCUUCUGUCCGUGAUGAAAUAGAGGCUCGGGCUAUAAUGAAGAGCUUUGUUAAUUCUGGCACAAAUUCAACAAAAAAAGAUACAUUUUUGGCAUACAUGGUCCCUGGAGUGGAGGAGCUCAUGAAAGAUAUGUAUGAUGAGGAUGAUGAAGAGAUGUCCUACACCUGGUUGAGGGAGUACCAUUGGGAUGUGCGUCCGGAUGAUGUGAACAAUGCAGCAACAUAUAUUAUAACACUAGGCGAGGAUGCUGCUACAUAUAUGCCCCUUCAGACAAGGCUUUCCCUACAGAAAAGAAGGGCGAAGGAGGGGAGAUCCAAUGAUGACAUUGAAAAUCCAUAUCCUGUACCUUCAAGGGUGACUGUAAGAAAUAGGUCCCAUACACACAAGGAGGAAGAACAUAGAAGUUCUGGGAGAGCAAGGUUGAUGGAGGGUCAUGGAAGUUUUACUGGUUCAAAGCGCAGGUCACCGGAUGAAGACAUUCAUCGAUCUAGGCAUAAAAUUGGACGAACUGAAAUAGUUGAUCCUAAUCUAAGCCCAGAGGAAGAUAUGUCUGAAUAAGUUUGCACUCAAGAUGAAGCUAAGUGUUUUUAAUUUUUAUACAGGAAAGAGUACCAAAGAAAACAGAUCAAAUGUUUUUUCUAUGGGGUACUUGUAUAUGUGUGUAAGUCUAUCCGCUUCUUACAAACAUCACACGUGGGGAAUGUGAUGUUGUCCCAUAGAGUAGUUUUGUAGUCAUUAAUAGAUUGCAUCUGUGAAAAUUCAAAAAUUAUGAGAUUAGCUACACCUCUAACAAACUGUAUUUGUAGCUAGCACUGGUUCCUUAUCCUGUGCUUCGGGCAUUUCAGAAACGUGUCGUUUCUAACAUCGAAAGCAAAUAUUUGUCCAAUGCAUUUCAGAGGCCUAUAUAUUGGUAUAUCCUCUGUGGCUGUCAGAAUCUAGCUUGAAAAAUAUGAGUGUAGAUUCAGAGAUUAUGUAAUGGGCAAGAAUUUAUUGAGAUGCCAAAUUUUACUCA